GAAGUGACGUCACUGGGUCCCCCUUCCAACGCUGCUGAUGUUGUGCGCAUGCGCACACUUCGACUGGUUACAGCAGCCUGGAAAGCGCAACGCACUGAAGAAACGAAGCUUUACCUGGAUCAUCCAUGUUCAGUAUCAUCUGACAAGAUUUUAUCAGGUCCAGCUGCUGUGACAAGCCACGAACGCGAGUUACCUUUGUUGUUUGUUGGGCCGCCGUCACCAUAGCUCGCCCGGUAACUCCACUACCCCCAUAAAACAGCAUGGAGGGGGCCGUAGUAAGCAACCUUAUAGACUUUGACUCUCCUACAGAAGGAACAGCACCCUCUGCUGUCUGCGGGACGGACUUUUUUUCAGCCGAGCCACUCGUACCUGAGCCUGCGAGUAUCAACACUGUGGAGCCCUUGCUACCUCAGCCCAUGGCCCCCACCCACAGAGGAGAUGAUGAAGGAGAUGACAGUGACGCUACAGAGUCUGCAGACAGCGAGAACGAGGACCCAGAAUCCCCAUCGCACCCGUCGAGCACACGGCGUUCGUCGUCGUGCUCCAGUCACAGCGCAGAAGAUCCGGAAGAGACAGAAAUACGAGCGUUCAUGAAAAGCUACGUGGAAAAGUUGUUCCAUGGAAGAGAGGACUUUGAUCAGGAGGAAAAGGCUCACUUUGGAGAGCUGUGUACCGGAGAGAACGGGAAAGGAAGGGAGUGGUUCGCCAAAUAUGUCAGUGCACAGCGCUGCCACUCCAAAUGUGUAAGUGAGCAGACGUUUUACAGGCUCGUGCAGUCCUUUGCUGUUGUUUUGUUUGAAUGCUACCAGAUGGACGAUUAUAGCCCUGCUAAACAUCUCAUGACCAUGUGCUUCACGUAUUAUUACAUGGGUAAGUUACAGCUGUCUCCAACAGAGCUGCUGGAGAGACCCAGCGGGGGGAUCGACUCGUACCUGCGAAGUGGAAAGGUCUGGCUGUCUGGGAAGAAAGACAUUGCAGAGCGAUUGCUCAAAAACACGUCUGCAAAGACCGAUGUUAAAGGAUUUUUCGGGGGUCUGGAAAGCAAACUGAGAGGACCGUUGGGUCGUAAGAAUGAAGACACAGAUCAAGCAGCAGAACAGAAACCCAAAACUCCAGUUUCUCCUCCUCUCUCUCCGGAGAAAAAAGAAGAGAAGAUUUACCUGUACACACACCUGAAACAGCAGCCCAUUUGGCACACGUUGAGGUUUUGGAACGCAGCGUUUUUUGAUGCCGUCCACUGUGAGAGAAAUAAAAGAUCCCCUACCACCAGGCGGACGGCUGAGGAAGAAAAAGAUGAAAGAGAAAAGUGGUGUCAUAUGACCCAAGAAGAGAAAGAUGAUAGCUCCAGAUUUAAUGAGAACAUCACCUUUGGUCAGCUGGGAACAUUCACCCAUAACAUGGUUGCUUUUGGACUGAGCAAAAAACUCUGCAAUGACUUUCUGAAGAAACAAGCGGUCAUUGGAAAUCUAAAUGAAGAGCAAAACAAGCUGCUGUUAGACCAUAUUGAGCAGAUGGCUGCAGAAUGAACGCCAAAGCCUGAAAUCAUCGAAAAACGCUCCACAUCACUUCACUGGUUCAAUCUCUAAUGACCACUAUUCCUUAUACAGCAACAUGUCAUUACCAACCAGUACAGAAACGCAUGCAGUGCCCAGCUGCAAUGAAAAACAGCUCAUUCUCCAUUAUAUCUAAACAUCUGAAUAGCAAUAUAUCAGUAUGUAUCAUCAGUACAGUCCUCGAGCAUCAUUAAAAGUCGUAAUUUAUAAUAUGGAGUUAUAUUGUGUAAUGUGAAUGUGAUGUAUACUAGUGAUACAGUAUAUAUGCUGUCCCAAGUGGUUUUGUUGAACAAAUCCUGUAUCCUUAAACAUAUAUGUGAAUCUAGAGUAAGUUUAUAACGGUAAAAACGUGUCCUUUGUGCAAGUACACAUUGAGUAACAGUGAACAAAAAAACGACAUUCUGAUAAUCUCACUCGUCUUCUUUAGCUUUAGUCCUCAUCCGUCCUAUUUAUCAUACUGCCUUGUUUUGGUUUUAAUGUAUACACACAUCUAAAUUAUUUUUAGCUCAAAAGAAUCAGAUCAUCUGCUCUUGUCAGGUCAAGUAUCACACGUUUUUUUGUGUUCUUCCUAUAUGGAUAAAUAAAGUAUUACUAGUGUCUGACAUCCUCAUACAGUACAUGCAGACUGGAACAAUGUAUUUUCUCCCCUGUUUAAAGUGCCUUUAUUCAUUUAUUGAUCAGUGAUCUUUCCUUGUCUAUUUAAGUGCUAGCAAACUCGUGUCGGCAUGCUGUUAUCUGUGACUUUCCACAAACGUAGCGUUACCAGACUAACGUUUACAUGUAGUUAGUAGAUGUGCUUGUGUUGUGUAUGCAUAAUGCUUGCUGUUUGUAUUGCCAUCAGUUAAUACAAUGUGUCUCUUUAGAACAGAGCUUGUUGGUGUUGUGCAGUGUUGUGUCUUUAGUGCAUGCGUUAACAUCAGCGUACACUGUUGUGCAAUUACAUUUCAGGCCAAUAGAGGGAUCAAAAGCCUUUGCUUUGAUUUAAGGCGAGUGAAGGUGAACGUCAACCACCGAGUGGGGUGUUCAAGAGCUUGUUUUCAGUCAUGUGUUGUCCAUGUGAUGAAAACAAAAUUAAUAUAUUUACAUUGUAAAUACAAAUUGUUUUGAUGAAUAGAUAACUAUAUAUAACGUGGUUUAAAGGGAUGGGCAGAUUUGUUGGUAAUUUAUUUGAUGUUUGUAUGUGUAUGUGAGUGCAUGGUCAUGGGAAUGUGCUGGAUGUCAAUUGAUUUGGUCUGGUAUUUGCAUUUCGCUGUAUGUGUAAAUUAAUGUUGAUUGUUAACACAACGGUCCACAUAUUUUUCCCAAGUGCCCUAAAAUUCCUAUUGGAACGUACCUGAAAACCCAUGAGAGUGCUUUACCCUCCCUCUAAGAUGUAAAGUGUUUGUAAUAAAAAAUACAGAUGUUA